AUGAAGCUGAUCUGUCCCUUCCAGCUCUGUUUAGCCCACUACUGUGACCUUCACGGGCCAACGCCCUUAAUGGUCACAGAGGGCCUCCCCGUUCCAUGUAGUACCUGCUCAGACGACACGCUGCUUGGUGCCGAGCCUAGGCCCAACAAGCCUCGCUCCAGGGCACCGACCUCAGGCGAGUCGGCACACGCCGCCAACAUCGCUGAAGCCCUCCAGCGCAUCAGCCUGGCUCCAUCACAGAGGAGUUCAUCUGUCCCUGCAUUAGAGCACGAAGCUCAAGCCCAUCGGCCCUCCCUUCGGCACGCAGCGCAAGCCAUUGCCGGUGCCGGUUCCGCUAUCGAGACUCCUCCGCAGAGCCCCCGCCAUCCCUCCGGCCAGGGCGCGCAGCAACAACCAACGCGACAGGACUCGGGCUUUCGAAGGACCUACGACGAAUAUGUGACCCGGCGCGCUGGGCCAUGCGACAACUGUGCACUUACUCUGCCGAAGCGUCAAGAGAGUAGCCGGGAUGCCGGCACGGGACCACGGCCGGAUCGUGGCCCGACCCUGAGGACACGAGCACCAUGCGCAAGGGUCUUCACUCCCGGCCGAGAAAGCAAUACUUCCCCCCCGGCAUCCGAGUCCUCAUCAUCCGUCACGUCAGAGGACGAGUCGAGCAGCAGACGACGCCCUUCGUGCCACCACCGCCGAACAGGGACGGGCCUCUCGCUAACAUCGCGCUCCAGCAUCAGCUCGGGCAGCGCAAAUGCCAACACCCACAUGCACUACCUAGACUACACAUCAACCCACGAGCCCCUUGGACCGGCAUCCUUCUCCUUGAUCCGCGCCUCGUGUCUGCGCACCUUGUCACUCGAAACCCUCCCUCGUACGCCUGCCACGAGCCCUCCCUCAGCUGGCGCCGCCAUGCCCACGCCAAUGGGCUCCCCGAAUAGCCCGCCAUAUGUAACGACACACAGCAUCGGGGCCGCGGCAUCGGGCGGCUCCAUUUUCUUCGGCGACAAAAAAGUUGGCUACACGACGGCCUACAUCUUCCGCGUUCCCGACGUCCACGCCCGAGGCCACAAGCGCGUCUACGCCUUCUUGGCCCUCAGCACGCAUCCGGAGCCGACCGCCGUCAAGACUUUUACGUUUCUCUCGGCCGCCUUCCGCGACAUGGCCUCUUGGAUCCAGGAGCUUGCCGAGGCCGAAGCCGAGCGCGCCCUGGCAGAGACGACGUCGGGUCCCGGCUCUUCGGCGAGCAGCCCCGUCGUUCCCGGCGCGGGCUACGGUAGCUUCCAGUCCGAGCCGGCUGCCCCAUCAGCGCCAAUGUCUAGCGGAGGCAGUACUAGUGGCAGCAGCUUCCUGAUGGGCGGCAUGGGCGGCUUGUCGAGGCGCAUGGGCGGCGGCUUCGGCGGGUCCGGCGUCGCGCUGAAGCAGCGCGGGCUGGCGGAGCUGGUCGGUAUGCCGGAUUUCUUUAUCGAGCUGCAUGCCAAGUUUGUCAGGCUGCUGCUCGAAAUUGGCGUCAUGGUUGGGUCGUGA